AUGGCUUCCUCUGAUCCAAACCAACCGGAUCCUCGCAUUGUUCGCAUCGCGCCUGAUAGGCAUGACACUACCGAAUCGGCUGAGUCUCUGGUUCCAUCAAAUCUGUCCGAGAACGAGCCUCGCUGGGUCUGGAAAUUUGGCAACUUGGUCUUCAAUAGAGUUCGAAACAACCCUUCAGAGCCCGAGGACGGCUUGGAAAGCCGCAUCUUUGGUGGCCCUGAUGCUAGAGACAUGGACUACAAGGCCGACAGCGAGUCAGUUUGGGACUUAGAAAGCUCUCCCUCAAAGACGUUUGCGCGUCUAUCAAAUUUGGAACACACUCUGUCUACGCCGAGUCAUUCUUCUGUUUCGACCAUGGGAUCUGUCAUGCCUGGUUAUGUCAGACACCUGAGGAUUGAGACGGAGGACGAAACCAACGACGGUGGGGUCGAGUGUUCCGAUGUGGCCAGCUCUGAAUCCCUCGUUCCUACCUCGGUAGCUACGUCCGAGGACCUGGAAGACACCGAGACCAUUGAACUGAGAGAAAACUACGAGACCGAGCUUAUGUUCAAAUGGACUCUUACUGACCUAAUACGCCAGAUGAUGUUUGUCUCUGGAGAAACUGCCGAACCAUCCAUUGAAAGUACGACGUUAAUUGAAGAUAUUACACGCCAGCAGGUGAUCGAGAUUCUUACCCGCAGCACUGCACUUGCUACAAGGCGUGGAUCACGAUCAAUCUCAACCGAUGACCUGAUUUUCUUGAUUCGGCACGACAAGGCCAAGGUCUCACGUCUCCGAACCUUCUUAUCCUGGAAGGAUGUCCGCAAAAACGUCAAGGACUCUGAUGACAAGGGCGGCGGCGAUGCAGCUGACUUUGCUGCCGCCGAUGAUGCGGCUGGUGUGGUUGCUGGCCCCCAGGAUGUCGCCGCUAAGCCAAAGAACAAGCGAGCCAAGGUUGGGCUGGCAUGGGACCCCAACAGCUUCUUCUCCAUACAGGUGCCGGAGCGCGAAGAUGAAGAAGACGAAGAGGAAGAAGAGCAGAAUUACGCCACUCUGCAGCGCCUGGCUGCUGCCGACGAGCGCACCAGGCACAUGACAAAAGAGGAAUACGUCUUCUGGUCCGAGUGUCGCCAGGCCUCCUUCACCUACCGGAAGAGCAAACGUUUCCGCGAGUGGGCAGGCUUCGGCAUUGUGACCGAGUCCAAGCCCAACGACGACAUCGUUGAUAUCCUGGGUUUCCUUACUUUCGAAAUUGUCCAGACUCUUACAGAAGAGGCGCUCAAGGUCAAGGAGCGUGAAGACCACGAGAAGAAUCGCGGUGGCCCUGACGCCGGCGACAGUGCCAAGAAGCGCAAGCGCGAGACUGGCCUGUUCGAUCCGCCUGAGGAAGGCCGCACUCCGAUCGAACCUCGACACAUUCGCGAAGCAUAUCGCAAGCUCCAGGCCACGCCUCAGAAAUCAGUGGCGAUGCUCCUCCACAACGCCCGCAUACCUGCUCGUCUUCCAUUGCGACUGAUCUAA